CUGAGACUUGCUGUAGUCACAAAUUGAAAUACCAAAAGAAAUUAGGUGAAGUGAUUAUUCCAAUUCAACACAUCCCCUUUGGGAGGCGUAUUCGACAAUUUCAAGGUAUGCAUACAGUGAAAUUCGGCUUAUUCGAUCGUUUGUUAUUCCUUGUGAUUACUUUAUUCUGAAUCAAGGUUCCCCUUUCCUUUUGAUCGCCCCCAAUUCAAUUGACUCAAACCCCAUUAACCAGUUCAGCUCGACCUUCUUGGUCCCUAAUUUCAUCGAACGAUCGGUCUUGGUUCUCGAUCGCCGAGAUCUCUGUAGAAGGACAAUAUGUGGGCAGCUUCAUGCCUGGCUUCCUGCUGCGCGGCCUGCGCCUGCGAUGCUUGCCGGACGGUGGUGUCGGGAAUUAGCCGGCGUUCGGCCCGUAUCGCGUACUGUGGCCUGUUUGCGCUUUCGCUCAUCGUCUCCUGGAUCCUUCGUGAGGUUGCCGCACCCCUCAUGGAGAAGAUUCCCUGGAUCAAUCAUUUUCACCAAACUCCAGAUAGGGAGUGUUUUACGAGUGAGCUUGGGGAAUUUCCUCUUCUUCACACUACUUGCCAUCUUCAUGAUUGGAGUAAAGAACCAGAAGGAUCCUCGUGAUGGUGUGCAUCAUGGAGGUUGGAUGAUGAAAGUUAUUUGCUGGUGCAUUUUGGUGAUACUGAUGUUCUUUGUUCCAAAUGGCAUCAUCAGCUUUUAUGAGACAACAUCCAAGUUCGGCUCAGGGUUGUUCCUUCUCGUUCAAGUUGUGCUUCUGUUGGAUUUUGUUCAUGGAUGGAAUGACAAAUGGGUUGGAUAUGACGAGCAGUACAUGGCUUUGCUUGUUGUUUCACUUGUAUGUUAUGUGGCUACCUUUUCAUUCUCAGGACUUCUCUUCUAUCUCUUUACCCCUUCAGGACAUGAUUGUGGCCUCAACACUUUCUUCAUUGUGAUGACUUUGAUUCUUGUGUUCGUGUUUGCUGUUGCCACACUGCAUCCAUCAGUGGGCGGCAGUAUUUUGCCGGCUUCGGUUAUAUCACUGUACUGUAUGUACCUGUGCUAUAGUGGGCUUGCAAGCGAGCCCAGGGACUAUGAAUGCAAUGGGCUUCACAGGCACUCUAAAGCUGUUUCCAGUAGCAGUCUUGCUCUUGGACUGCUUACAACUGUGCUCUCUGUCGUCUACUCUGCUGUUCGUGCCGGAUCUUCUACUACUUUGCUCUCUCCUCCAACCUCACCCCGUGCAGGUUCUGGAAAGCCUCUACUGCCAUUGGAUAAGGCGGACGAGCAUCGUGAGGAGGAAGAGAAGUCGAAGGCCGUCACAUAUUCAUAUUCCUUUUUCCACUUAAUCUUCUCUCUGGCCAGCAUGUACUCUGCCAUGCUUCUUACCGGUUGGUCGACCUCUGUGGGGGAGAGCGGGAAAUUGGUGGAUGUCGGUUGGCCGUCUGUGUGGGUCCGUAUUGUCACUGGUUGGGCAACUGCUGCUUUGUUCAUAUGGUCUCUUGUAGCGCCGAUUUUGUUUCCGGAUAGGGAAUUCUAGAUCGUUCGAUUGCAAGUGAAAGAUAAUGGUAACAUGUUUAUAUUUGGAGCUGUGUUAAUGUGUGCCCUCUUUCUUUUCUGCUUGACUCUGCAUAAUGUGGUUGGAUUUGUGUGUUUGUGUGAUAAAAGUUGAAGAUGAGACUUUGACUGGAUUAUGUUUGACUUCUAAGGUUUGAUAAUUAAUUGAUGUGUUGCAUGAUUUGCUCAAAUUUUGUGAUGUGAAGGGUGAUGUGCAUGAAACAUGUUGGUACUGGCUACUUGUAGCAAAUGCAGGUGUUUUCUUUUAACUAGACAUAGUAAUUGUGUUUUUUGGUUGAGUAUCCGG